AUUAGACCCUGUCGUGUAUAAAUUAAGUGCCUGAUAUUCUCUCCCCCUCUUCAUUUGCAGAGCUGACGGCGAAGGCAGCUAACACGGUACACAAUCACCUAGCAGCCAGCACAGUUUGAGAGAGCCGGCCUCUCAAUGAGCAUGCCAUUGACUUCGCUGUUCCGCAGCAACGAGAUCAAACUGUCGGAGAAGAAUGAAGCCAGCGUGGUGCGGGACUGCCUGAUGGCCGAGCUGGAGUACCAGAUGAGGGAACGCCAGCACGCCAAAUGGCAAGAAGAGGAGGACCGCAAGAAGAAACAGGGUGUGGCGGACUACAGCUGGCUGGUCAGCACCCCGCCCAAAUACUUCACCCCGCCCCAACUGCAGGUGCUUCAGUUGGAGGAGCUGUGCGGCGACGUGCGUUCGACGGAAACCGGGCGGAUCAUCAACCGCUUCCGCGACGUGCUUGCCCGGGAGCCCCAGGUCGAGGAGAUUCCGCUGCUCUUAAACGCUGUCAUGCACCAGGUGAUACAAGAGCGCCCUCAGGAGGAGACGCUGAGCGAGUGGGUGGCCAAACGGACUAGCAGCCUGACGCGACUGCGGAACAACGUCCGCGUGUCGCCGCUGAACACGGACUCCGCAGACGACAAUACGCAGGUGACUAAACGCUCACUCAGCAUGCCCGAGUUUAGCGCCAGGGCUAGGACUGGGCAGCCCCGGAGCCUUGCCGAGUUCUGCACGAACAUUGACGACCUUCCAGUUUGACAAUUUGUUUUUGCUACAUCGACACCACAUUUGAUACCCGCAUGUCAGCCUAGUCACUCAACGGUGCCCAAGUUUUUCAUUAUUAAAUUAUGCCCACUUAUUUGACAGGGUAGUUGGUUCUGCUCAGUUUGUUUACAGCGUAUCUUUUUCUCGUUGCUUGGAUAUAACCAUUAGUGAUUGAAUAAUUCAUUGUAAAUUUGUAUUCACCGAUGGAAACAACUCAAUGUGGAGCUGGGUGGCUACAACAACAAAGGUACGGUAAUCCAGAUCUUCAGAUUAAAAAA